AGCUCGAGUUAACGGGAAAGUGUUGGCUGGAACUCGAGUACGUCUUCAACGGUGGCGACGGCGGCGACGGAGUCACGUAUCAGCGGGGCUGGCUGACAAAAAAGUCGAGACCUUGUGGCAUCACGAACGUACUAACCGGGCACCGAGCAAUUAUAUCGGUCUGCGAGGAAGAUAGCAUCUCUCGGAUUCAGGAGCGCGCUUUGGUUUUCAACGGGCACGGCGCCUCCUACACGUUCAAGUUCGAGGGAAAACUCUUGAACCCGCGGCUUUCGCUCGCGGAAAAUGGCAUUCCCGACGAACGAGAUCGCUAUCUUGGCUGCGGCCUUCCCGACGACCACACCACCUACGUGCCGAAUCUCCUCUGUUACUUCAACGACGAUCUGACGGAACUGUGA